AUGGCGGUUUCUAUCUCUUCAUCUAUGGGUUCAGGGGUUUUAGUUCCGGCACCUUUUUGCCGGAAGGCCAAGGGCUUGAGACUUUCUUCGAUCCUGUUCAGUUCUUCUGUGGAUGUUCUUCGUCGGAAUCGUUUUGCUUCAAAAAGUCGUGGAUCGUCUUUGCAACCAUGGGUUUCCAGGAGGAGGUGGGCUAAAGUUCAUGCAACAAUAUUGCAAGAGGAUGAAGAGAAAGUGGUUGUAGAGAAGUCAUUUGAUCCUAAAAGUUUCCCGGAAAAGGAAAAUGAAGGAACCUCGGGUGAGUCGUAUGAUGGGUCGCCAACUUCCCGUGGUUUGGAGAAAUGGAUUAUAAAAUUUGAGCAAUCUGUAAACAUUUUUCUCACGGAGUCGGUGAUAAAGAUCCUCGACAGCUUGUACCAUGAUCGUCAUUAUGCAAGGUUUUAUGUUCUGGAAACUAUUGCAAGGGUUCCUUAUUUUGCCUUUAUGUCUGUACUUCACAUGUACGAAAGUUUUGGGUGGUGGAGAAGGGCGGACUAUCUGAAAGUCCAUUUCGCUGAGAGUUGGAAUGAGAUGCAUCAUUUGCUUAUCAUGGAAGAAUUAGGGGGAAAUUCCUGGUGGGUUGAUCGGUUUCUUGCCCAACACAUUGCGAUAUUUUACUAUUUCAUGACUGCUUUCAUGUAUGCUUUGAGCCCAAGAAUGGCAUAUCACUUCUCUGAAUGUGUGGAAAGUCAUGCAUUUGAGACCUAUGACAAGUUUAUCAAGACUCAAAAAGAUGAGCUAAAGAAAGUGCCGGCACCUGUAGUUGCAGUGAAAUAUUACACAGAAGGUGACCUGUACUUGUUUGAUGAAUUUCAGACUUCAAGACCUCCCAAUUCUCGAAGGCCGAAAAUUGAUGAUAAUGGGAAAUAUGACGAUGAUGAAGGGUGUGUCGUGCAUCAGACUGAUUGCCAAGGCAUUGUUGAUUGUAUACAGAAAUCGUUGUUGAUGAAGUCUUCCAAUCGUGAAAUAGCCAAAAAUGCCUCUCCAACUGAACAACUUCGUCGUGCACUAGAACAGGGAUGUCAAACAUCAGUGAAGGAUCUCAGCAGCCUGUUGUCUCUUAUCUCGGAGAAGAAAGACAAAAUGGAGCAACAAGAAGCCGAGACAAAUCUCCAAAUACUGUUUGAAUUUAUGCUCUCUCUGAGAAUGAAAAAAGUUGUUGAGCUGAAUGAGAUACAGGACGAUCUUCACGGUAUAAAAGAGGAUAUUGAAGCUGUCGAGAGGCGUCGAUUAGAAUUGUGCCGAAUGACGGACAGAUACUCUUCCAAGAAGGAGUAUGGUGGGUCGGCUUGUUUGAGUACAGUUUACACGCAAAAUAUAAAAGCCGAUCCAAAAUCUUCUUCUUCAACUCAUUUAACACUCAAGAAUGAUGCUUUUAGUGGCUCUGACACUCAAAAUCAUACUCAGUCUGGAAUUGUGGUGGCGAAAAAGAGACGAGUUCAUGCUCAGUUUAAUGAUCUGCAAGAGUAUUACUUGCAAAGAAGGCGAUAUUGGGCUAGUCAAAUGACUGAACUCGAUUUACACGGCCUUAACAGAGAAGGUCUAUCUGGAGGGCUUGAGGAGUUUAACUCUGUGCUGUCAACUUUCACAAGAUAUGGUCGGUUACGGGUUGUUGCUGAAAUAAGACAUGAAGAUUUGUUUCACUCAGCUAAUAAUAUCAUAUCAAGCAUUGAGUUCGACCGAGAUGAUGAAUUAUUUGCUACAGCUGGUGUAUCACGUCGCAUCAAGAUUUUCGAUUUUGCAGCGGUACUUAAUGGAUCAGCCGACGAGCAGUUCCCUAUUGCAGAAAUGUCGACACGAUCCAAACUAAGCUGUGUAAGCUGGAAUAGAUACACUAAAAAUCAAAUGGCUAGCAGUGACUAUGAAGGCAUAAUAACUGUUUGGGAUGUGAACACUCGGCAGAGUGUGAUGGAGUAUGAGGAGCAUGAAAAACGAGCGUGGAGUGUCGAUUAUUCCAGUACGGAACCUUCGAUGCUUGUAUCAGGAAGUGAUGAUUGCAAGGUAAAGGUGUGGUGUACCAAACAAGAGACGAGCGCUCUCAAUAUCGACAUGAAAGCCAAUAUAUGUUCCGUCAAAUAUAACCCCUGGUCUAAUCAUAUCGCGGUUGGUUCCGCAAAUCAUCAUAUUCAUUACUUUGACUUGAGGAAAACCAAUCAGCCAGUGAUCAGCUUCAGCGCCCAUAAGAAGGCCGUGUCUUACGUGAAAUUCAUGUCAAACACUGAACUUGCUUCUGCUUCUACAGACAACACUUUGCGCCUAUGGGAUGUUAAUGAUAGUGUUCCUGUGCGUACGUACAAGGGCCACACAAACGAGAAGAAUUUCGUGGGCCUAGCGGUAAACGAAGAAUACAUUGCAUGUGGGAGUGAAACAAAUGAAGUGUAUGUGUACCACAAGGCAAUUGCAAGGCCAGCCGUUUGUCACAAAUUUGAUUCCGAAAUGGAAGAAGCUGAUGAUGACCCGAGCUCGUAUUUCAUCAGUGCCGUGUGUUGGAAAAGUCACAGCCCGACUGUGCUGACAGCCAACAGUCGAGGGACGAUAAAAGUUCUUGUCCUGGCUGCUUAA